AUGGAGGGGUCCGCCAAGCACCUAAAAGCCCUGCGGAAGUUGCGGGAGCGCCUGCACACAGAGACAGAGCCAGACAAACUCUACAAAACCCUGAAGGAACUCUCUUCAGUGCCCAUCCUGUGCGACACCCUGGCGGAGAUUGGCUUCAGGCAGACCAUCGAGCUGCUGAGGAGAGAGCAGCUCCUGUUCCCCUUUGCCAAGGACUUUGCCUCCAAGUGGUCAGAGAGGUCACCCUUGGAGCGCCAGGCCGAGGCGGAGCCACAGGACCUUGCCUUGCAGAUGAGACUGACAAGAGAGCAGGCACCCCGAAAGCCCGCAGCAGAGGACAAGGCGCAUGAGCCUGCUGCUUCUCGGGCACGUGCGGGAGAUGCCAGAGAGGUCGUGGGGGGCAGCAGGAGGAGCCCACAGAGGAACCCGGACUCGUACCCGGCCGGUUCUUUCGAGGCUUGCCUCAACUAUGACUGCCCUUCUUCUUCCGGGACACUGCGUCUGGGCAAGGGGAAGAAGAGGAAACGCCCUUGGAAAGCUCAGGCCCAGAGUGGUGGAGCCAAGGUUCCUCGGAGCCAGUCUCCAAACUGCAAGGAGCAGAGUCUCCUGCCUGCCAGUCGCUUUCCAGAGCUGAGCUCCAGUCGCCAAGCCUGCUUUCCCUCGCAUGGCCAGGACUCUUCUUCCUUGCAGAGCAAGCAAGAAGCCGCCCCUUGGGCCUGCAGGGUGAACUCGAAAACCCCAGUCUGUUCGGGUCGCGUCCCUGGCCCUCGUCUCCUGCCCAAACUGCACCAAGUGUGCCUUGCUAAGCCCAACUGCUCCAGCCAACCGGCAGAGGCACAAGAGGAGGUGUGCAGGCCCCAGAUCUGCCAUGGCCAGAAGACUCAGGCCCAGGCUGAGAGGCAGACACACCUCCAGCAGCAGGAGGCCCGCGAGCUCAUGCUGCAAGGCCUGAGAGAGCGCAUCCAAAGGGCCCAAGCCAAGAAGAGCCAAGCUCUCCAGACCCAGAUGAUCCCCUUCCCUGCCCAUGUCGCCAGCCAAAGCCAGCAGGCUGCCUCUGGACACGCAGGGGGAGGGGGAGCCCCCUCCAAAGAGAACAAUCUUCCUGGAGCCUUGGCCCCUGGCCCACAGCAGAGGGCUCCCUGCCUGCCCUUGGGCCCCAGCAACAAGACCCAGCUGAAGAAAAGCGCCCCUCUCAUGGCCAAGUCCCUCAGAGAUUACAAGAACAGGUAUUCUAGGAGGUGA